AUGGUGGCCAUGGCAGCAGUGGAUCUACUGGCCACGCUUGUCAAUAGAAUUGCUCAUCAAAUUUUCCGGCAACGCUUUCCAUUUUCAUUCCUCUCCUACACUGUUAUUUGCAAACUUAUGUUGUACAUGACUUGUACCAACGUCGGUUUGUCCGUGUGGCUUACAGUCUGCUUCACAUUUGACCGGUUUGUAGCUAUAUGCUGUGAGAAACUGAAAACCAGGUAUUGCACAGUGAGAACUGCGUCCAUCGUCAUAACAAUUGUUUCUGUACUUAUGUGCUUAGAGAACAUCCCUUUUUGGUUUGCAUUUGAACAUAAACUAAUAAUUAACAAUAUUCAGUGGGGCUUCAUCCCCAGUGUGGCCUUUUUCAGAUCGCCUGCAGGCGGAGCCUACUUCAGAUUGCAAAGUUUUUUGUUUUCAUUGGUUCCAUUUGCUUUGAUAUUAAUGUUUAAUUGCUUAACGGUCAGGCGCAUUGUAGUAACGAAUAUUGCGCGCAGGAAGCUCCGGGCUCCCAGGACCGGGAACCAGCGCGAUCCAGAGAUGGAGAGCCGAAGGAAAUCUAUUAUUCUGCUGUUUGCCGUGUCGGCCAAUUUUAUUUUGUUGAGUCUGACAUCGGUGGUGAGUCAGUGGACUGAUGCCCUGGUCGUACAUAUCCAACCAGAAUAUACAGAUGCUGCAUUUAUUGCCAAUGAGACCGGAUAUAUGCUCACUCAGUUGAAGUCUUGUACAAACACGUGCAUUUAUGCAGCGACACAAACGAAGUUCAGGGAAGAACUCAUUAAUGUGGUGAAAUCUCCUUGGAAAUUUCUUUUGUCAUUAGUUAAAUACCUGAAAAAUGAAACCCAAACUUCCUGCCCAAGUUAA